AUGAGAAUCGAUACUUGUCACCUUUGCUCUCGACCUGUGUACCCUUCGAAGGGUAUCACAUUCGUACGGAACGAUGCCAAACUCUUUCGUUUCUGUCGCUCAAAAUGCCACAAAAACUUCAAAAUGAAACGACAACCACGUAAACUCAAGUGGACCAAGACUCAUCGUGCUCUACGUGGCAAGGAAAUGAUUGUUGAUCAGAAUUUGCUCCUCUCACAGUUUGCCAAACGCAGAAAUGCGCCAGUGAAAUAUGAUAGAAACCUUAUGGCUUCGACAAUCAAGGCGAUGGAGAGGAUUGAGGAGAUUAGAGCGAAGAGGGAAAGAGUAUUCACCAGAAAACGGCUUUCCGGCAAGACGCAACGAGAAAAGAAGAGGAUGGAGGAUCUCAAGGUCAUUGCUACUGGAGAGCACCUCAUCUCCAAGGAGUUACAAGAUAUGGAGCGAGUCAAGCAGGGUUUGGAGCCCGAAGAGCAACUUCAACCUCAAAGUCAGCUACUUGGAGAGGAAAGAACACGACAGAAAACGAAGAGGAGGAUGCUCGUCAAUGGAGGAGUACAGGAAGAGAACGAGAUGGACGUUGACUAA